AUUAUGGUUUAUCAUAGGAUUUUUUUUUAGAAACACAAGCUGAUUAAAAUAUUGACAAAGGAUCUGAAUAGACAUUUCUCCAAUAAAGAUUUACAAGUGGCCAAUAAGAACAGGAAAAGGUACUCAGCAUCAUUAGUCAUUAGGGAAAUGCUAAUCACAAAGAGAGAGAGUAGCAAGUGUUGAUGAGGACAUACUGAAACUGGAACCUUAAUACAUUGCGAGCGGAAAUGCAAAAUGGUCUAACCACUUUGGAAAACAGUCUGACAGUCCCUCAAAAGGUUAAAUGUAUGGUUUCCAUAUGACUCAGUAAUUCCACUCCUAGGUACAUACCGAACAGAAACAAAAGCAGGUUCACACAAAAUCUUGUACAUAUCAUAGGAUGUUGAAUAUAAUUCCCUGUACUAACGUUAAGAGUACAGUAGGACCUUUUCGUUUAUCAAUUCUAUGUAUACCAAUUUGCAUCUGCUAAUCCCAAACUCCCAAUCCAACUCUCUUCCAUGCCCCUCCUCCUUGGCAACCACCAGUCUGUUUUCUACAACAUAUAUUUAUUGAGUCUUUUCUAUCUGCCAGAUGCUAUUCUAGGCGCUGGAGAAAAAGCAAUGUCUGUUUGUUAUAGUUUCCAUUCUGGUUGGGGAGACAGCUUAUUAAAAUGAAUGAAUUGUUUAGUAUAUAGGAAUGUGAUAAAAGCUCCAGAGAAAUAUAAAGCAGGAAGAAGGGGAUGAGGCAUGCUGAGUUGGAUAGCCAGGGUAGACCUCACUUAGAAGAUGACAUUUGAACAAAAACAUUUGAACAAAGCACUGCAGCUCUCUGAGGGAAAAGACUACGCAGGGAGAUUGGUCUUUAAAGGCCUUGAGAUGGAAGUAUGCCUGGAGAGCUUGAGGAACUAUGAAGAGGUAAGUUGGGAUGGAAAAAGUGAAGAAGGGGGAGGAUAGUAGGAAAUGAGGACAGGAAGGUAAUGGGGACCAGAUGUAGGCCUUACAGACCUUAUAUUUUACAUAGAGUAGAGAUCUAUUGGCGAGCUUGAUCUGAGGAGUUCUGAGAUCUACCAUAUGUUCUAAAAGAUUGGACGGUGAGGAAUGAGGGAGGAUGGGAAGUAGGGUGGGCAGUUAGGAGGCUAUUGUAAUAAUCCACAUGAGAGAUGGUGGUACCCUGGACUGGAGUGGUACCAACGGAGUGGUGAAAAGUAGUCAGAUUUUGAAUCUGGAAAGCAGUGUCAAGGAUGACUCCACGGUUUUUGGUUGGAGCAUUUGGAAGGAUGGAAUUGCCAUUAACUGAAAUGGGGAAGGCUGUUAGUGGAGUGGUAGUGGGUGGGAAAACUAGUUUAGUUUUGAACAUGUCAAGUCUAUUAGUUGGAAAUUUUCAAACGUACAUAAAAGUAGAGAGGUUAGUUCAGUGAGCCCCAUCACUACUUCAAUAGCUACUGUAUCUAUUCUUUUUUUACUUAAGUAUUUUAAAACAAAUCCUGGGCAACAUAUGUUAUCCAUGAGUACAUCAGAAUAUAUCUCUAACAAAUCAGAACUUUUUGUUUUUCACAAAACCAUAGUACUUCACUAAGACCUGUCUGUGUUAAGACAGAUAUGUAUACAGUAUUGUGCUUUUUAAAUCUGGAUUUUUUUUUUCUAAAAGAUAAACUAGAAGGAAUUAUCUUAUAAAAGAAUUAUUUUUUCCAAAUAACUUGUUAAACACUAGCUUGAAAUAUCUUGCUUAUCUGGUACAUAAACAAUUUAAUGUAGAGAAAUUAAAUUUACAUCCAACAAUAAUUAAUCAUUUUAUGAGGAAGCAUAAUAAGAAAAAUGUUCCCAUGCUUGAGAGCAUACUAUUUAAAGGAUUAGAAAUAUGUAAACAGUUUUACACUGUUUUACACUGUCUAGCGAUUAUUACACAAAGUGCUGAUAUGAUUUGGAGUGAAAGUCUGAGUAGUGCCUGGAAUUUAGAGAAUGUCUGGAAGGUUUGAGGAUUUAUGCUUAUCUUGAGUGCAUAUGAGUGUAUAUGUAUUUUAACUUUUGAGGAGGGGUGAAGGAGCUUAAAACUUUCAAACAUAUAAAAGUAGGGAGAAUAGCAUGCCAAACCCCACCCCCAUACCCUGGUCCCACACAUUCAGUUGUUAUCAACAUUUUGGCACACUGGUUCUACCUAUUCCGUUUUUAAAUUUUGUCAUAGUAUAAUUUUAAAUAAGCAUUUUUUGGGAAAUAAUUUAAAAUUUAAAGAAAAGUUGUAAGAACAGUACAAAGAACUCCUAUAUCCCCUUCACACAGAUUCACUGUUAACAUUUUGCUGCAGUUGGUUUUAUCAUAUUUUUCUGAACCAUUUAGGAGUAAGUUGUAAAUAUCAUGCCCCUUUACCUUUAAAAAACUUGUGUUUCUUAAGAUCAAGCAUACUUACUUAUGUGACCACGAUGUAAUUGAUGGAAUUAAUGAAAUCAGGAAAUUCAACACUGAUAUAAUAAUAUUAACUAAUCUACAGCCCGUAUUCAGAUAUUGCCAGUUGUUCCAAUAAUGUUCUUUAUACCAAUUUUUCUCUUGGUCCAGGAUCCAACUCAAGAUCAUGCUUUGUGUUUAGUUAUGAUACCUCUUUUGCCUCUAACCUAGAAGCAUUCCUCAUCCUUCCUUUCUUUUAUGAUGUUGAUUGAUAUUUUGAGUAUAUCUGACGUUUCUUUGUGAUUUGAGUAUAACUGAUGUUUGGGUAUACCUGAUUUUUUUGUGUGUGAUUUGUUCCAGUUAUACAUUUUUGGCAGAAACACUGUAUAAGUGACGAUGUGUCUUCUUAGUACAUCAUAUCUGGAGGCUGAUAAUGUUGCUUUUUCCCAUUAUUGGUGAAAUUACCUCUGAUGACUUGGUUAAGGUGGGCUAGGCAGAUUUCUGUUGCUGCUUUUUUUUUUCUUUAAGUAGACUUUAUAUUUUAAAGCAGUUUUAGAUUUAUAAAUAAUUGAACAGAUAGUGCAGAGAGUUCAUAUAUUGUAUUUUGCUGCUACACACAAUUUCCCCUGUUAUUAACAUCUUACAUUAUUUUGAUACAUUUGUUACAGUUAGUGAACCAGUAUUCAUAUACAGUUGACCCUUGAAAAACAUGGGGCUUAGGGGGCACUGACCCUCGCAUAAUUGAAAAUCUGAGUAUAACUUUACAGUCAGUCCUCCAUAUCUGAGGAUUUAACCAACUAUGGAUUAUGUAGUACUAUAGUACAUGUUUAUUGAAAAAUGUUCUCAUGUAAGUGGAUCCAUGUGGCUCAAACUCGUGUGUUCAAGGGCAAACUGUAUUAUCAACUAAAACCUGUAUCUUACUCAGAUUUCCUUAAUUCUUACCUGAUUUCCUUUUUCUGUUCCAAGGUCUCGUUACACAUCAUUUAGUUGUCCCCUUGGGCUCCUCUGGCUCUAACAGUUUCUUAGAAAUUUCUUGUUUUUGAUGACCUUGACCAUUUUGAGAAGUAUUGGUCAGGUAUUUUGUAGGAUGCCCCUCUACUGGAAUAUGCUUGAUGUUUCUCAUGACUAAACUGGAAUUAUGGGUUUUGAAGAGGAAGAUCACAAAAGUUAAGUGCCGUUUUCAUCAUAUAUCAAGGGCACAUACUAUCUAUAUGACUUACGACUUGAUGUUGACCUUGAUCACCUGGCUGAAGUGAUGUUUGUCAGAUUUUUCUAUUACUACUUUUGCCCUAUGCCACCUCCCUUUCCAUACUGUAUUCUGGAAGGAAGUCACUCUGCACAGCCCAAACUUAAGGAAUGGUGGUUAUGCUUCCCCUCCUUUAGGACUGAGUAUCUACAUAUUUUUUUUUUAAUUUUUCCGCAUAAAAAGUUAUGUCUAUCACAUUUGUGAAUAUAUUCAACCCUAUAUUUAUAUCAGGGACUCAUGGAUAUUUUGUACUUUGGGUUAUAAACCGCUAUUACUUUAAUUUUAUUGCUCAGAUUGUUCCAGCUUUGGUCUUUGGGAGUUCUUUCAGUUAGCUCCUGUGACAUACUCCCACCAAUCUGUUUUUGUUUGUUUGUUUUAGGAAUACUUUCUUUCUGGCACUAACAGAUGCUUCAGUCUCAUUUUGUAUAUUUUCUGUCCCAGUCCUAGAAUCAGCCAUUUCUCCAGGGAGCCCUGGUUCCUUGUAAUGGAGUGGUAUUAGAAACUAAGACCUUGGUGCUAGGUGUGCUAGUUGCUACUAGGGUGUCUGCUGUAGUAUUUUAAAGCAAAAGCAACCCCCUGCCAUCAUGCCGUUUAAUAUCUUAAAGUGUCUGUAAAAAACAAGGAUAUCCUAAAUGAUGUCAAAAUGUCAAAAUACCCUGUGGCUGCCACAACAAAUUACCACAAAUUUAGUGACUUAAAACAACAGAAAUUCUCUCAUAGUUCUGGAAGCCAGAAUUCUGAGAUCAGGCUGUCUGAAGAACCCCAUUCCCUCAGAAGGUUCUAAGGAAGAAUCCAUUCUUGCCUCUUCCACCUUCUGGUGGCCCCAGGCAUCCCACUUCUCUCUGAUCUGUACCUCCUUAGUCACAUUGCCUCUUUCUUUUUCCUGUAUCUUCUCUGUGUCUCUCCCAUCUCCCUCUGCCUCACUAGGGACACUUGUUAUUGGGUUUAGGGCCCACCCAGAUAAUCCAGGAAAAUUCCUUAAUCCCUUCAAGAUCAUCCUCUCAAAAUCCUUAAUCACAUAUUUUGCCAUAUAAAGUAAUAUUUACAGGUUCCUGGAAUUAAGACAAGGAUAUAUUGGGCAGGGGGAGGGUCACCAUUCAGUAAACUACAGUAACUAAAAAAAUUAAUAGUGAUUUCUGGACGUUAUCUAUGUUCUUAAUAUGUUUUUAAUAUCCCUCGUCCAUGUUCAGAUUUCCCUGUUGUCUCAAAAGUAUCUUUUUCGCAGUUGGUUUAUUUGAAUCAGGUCCACUCAUUGAUGUGAUUAUGUCUCUUCAGUCUCUUAUGAUAUAGAACACCUCACUCUUUUUUAUACUCUGAAAUUGUUGAAGAAAUUAGGUCAUUCCUCUGUACAUUGGCUUACAUUCUGGAUUGGUCAGAUGGCUUUCUUGUGACAAUGUUUCUCUUUAUUUCCUGUAAACUGGAAGUUGGAGCCAAAAGUUUGAUUAGAUUCAGAUUCAACUGACUUUUAGACAAAAAUAUACUACUUCCUAAGUAUUACUGUGUAGUUCAAAUUUCAUCUAUCAUGAGACAUAAUUUAUAGCUGCCCCACAUUUCAUGAUCUAAGAUUGAUUAAAAUAUACAAGUGAUGGCAAAUAUCCUUUCAGUGUAAAAUUCCCCCAUCAACCCUCUAAUGAUUUUAGCAUCUAUCAGUGAUUGUUGCCUAAAUCAAUUAUUUAUUUAAGCAUCUUUGCUCUGGUCCAGAUUGUUUUCCUUAGGUUAGUUUUAUCUUUUAUAGUCCCCUUUAUUUCUGUAGCAGACUAUUUAGAAAAGCUCUUUUCACCCUCCAGCUCUCUUGAGGUCUCCAAAUCCAUUAGGUCUAGAGACAUUUGAGACUGAGGGGGCACGACCUGUCUUGCCUGGGGAGAUAAUUAAUUGAGUCAGUGUUUCCUAAAUUUCACACGUGAGGCCCAGAAAGCAGGUGGUUGUAAUUGGAGCCUGCUGGGGUUAGGGAAAGGUGGGUAGAGGGAAGCAUAGCGGAUCUGGUGAUCUCUCCUUUCCUGGGGUCAAACUCAAAGGCUUACUGGAAAGAACUACAAGAAAAUUCUUUAAUAAAGCCUAAGCUCUUUGAUUUUAGAGGAGCGAAGUAAGGUACGGCCAAAGAAAGUGUCCAUAGCGGUUAGGUAAAUCAAGGUAUAGCGGGUCCUGGAGUGCCAGAACGUAGCCUUUCAGGGAUUUAACUUCGAGACUACAUCUCCCAGAAUUCCGCUCUGCGAGUCCCACCCGCGUUGAAGCGACUGCGCGUGCGCGAGCCCUGUGACGGGCUGCUUUCCCAAACUCCAUAAUCCCCGAGAUUCCGCGCGCCUGCCUCCCUCCCGCUGGGAUCGCCCCUUCAGGCCCUCUGUCCGUCCGCUGGGGGCGCGCGCAGUGCGUGGCUGGUGGCAUCGGCGCCGGCGGCUGAGAGCGCGGGUCGCGUGGCCGUGCGUGGUUGCUAGGGGCGCCUGAGGCCGCCCGCUUGCCCGGCAGGCCAAGGGAGGAAGCAGCGCGGAGCCGGCGCCCAGCCGGGGCGAAGUUGAGUCCGCUGGGCCGACGGACCUCAAGGAUGCAGCUGCUACUACUGGAGGUACAUGGCACCUUACCUGAGCCGGGCCAUGAGGCCACAUGGCUGUGAUGUGGGCUCCUCAUGGCCUCAGCAAGAACAGAGCACUACAGUAUUGGCCUCCACCGGGGAAAGAGCUUUAAGCAGAGUGGGCCCUCAGGCAGUGUGCCUACCCUGCCACCGGAGAAACCCUCUGAGGGCAAAGUCUGGGCUCAGGCUCAUCAGCAGGUGAAGCCAAUCUGGAAGCUGGAGAAGAAGCACGUGGGGACACUUUCAGCAGCGUUGGGCCCAGGCCUCUUGGGUAUCCCACCGCAGCCAGCAUACUUCUUUUGCCCUAGCACUUUAUGUAGCUCCAGAGCCACGGCUGUCAUUGCAGGCCACAGCGACUCCUGUCACCUGCAUUCCCUCCCGGACCUGUUCAGCAGCACACUGCUCUACCGCCGCACCAACCACGGGCACAGACCAUACCAGCAGCUGGAGUCCUUCUGCUUGCGUUCAGGCCUGUCAGAAAAAAGACCUUUUUCUCUCCCUCCAAAGAGCCUCCCUACCAGACUCACUGCCAAUAAGGCCACUUCUUCCAAGGUCUCCCCCAUGGCAUCCUCAGCCACAGAACCAUACCUCUCACUGGGAGCGGCUGGGGAAAAUCCUUCAGGGAAGAGCCUGGUCUCUGCCAUCUCAGGGAAGACCCCAUCUCCACUCUCCUCUUCCUCUUCCUACAAACCCGUGCUAAAUAACAACUCCUUCAUGCGGCCAAAUAGCACUAAAGUGCCUUUAUCGCAGGCCACAGAGGGCCUGAAGCCAGUAUCCUCACCCAAGGUCCCGCUUGUCUCCUGGCAUCAUUCAGGGGGCACUGGAGACUGUGCGCUCCAGCCUGUUGAGCACAAGGUGCCCAAGAGCAGUGGCACUGUCCUAGAUGAUGACUCUUCCCGCAGCACCCUGUCUACCCCCAACUCCUUAGAUGCUUCCACCACCAGUGUUGCCUCUCCCCACUACAACCGGAGUAACUUAGCCACAAGGGCAGAGCCACAUCUCUACGGCCUGGAUGGGGACUCUGUUUCCCAGACUCUUACUAAGGAGAUUCGAUUCACUGAGGCCGUGAGGAAGUUGACCGCAAGAGGCUUUGAGAAGAAGCCAAGGCAAGGCUACCAUUUUGAACAAUCUUAUUUCAUGAACCCCAGCUUGCAGUGGGAUCUCGUCAGCAGGAACAGGCAGUGGAAACCACCUGUGGUCGGCCAGCAGCUCCCUCAGGAGGAUGCUGGUGCAGACAGUAGGCUCCUUCCUGGAGCCUUGGACACUGUGGAUUUGGAUAGUACAGUCUUCUGUACCAAACGCAUCAGCAUUCACCUCCUUGCCUCACACACCAGUGGGCCCAGCUGCAGCCCUGCCUGUGAAUCUGCAAUUGACUUCCCUCCUCUUGGAGAAGACAAAACACCAGCUCUGCCUUCUCCCCUUCAGCUCCUUGGUGUAGCCGAGGUGGCUACCCACCUCUCUUCCAUCCAUCUGGACGAACUUGGGAGGCAGGGACCUAAGGAAGCCAGGGAGCUGGACUCACCUGCUAGGGAUAUUGGUUCAGCUACUGACCUCCAGCUAGACCAGGUUGAAGCUGAAGAUCUAGAAGAAGAGCUAAUAGAUGGUUUGGAAGACUGCUGCAGCCAUGAUGAGAAUGAAGAGGAGGAGGGAGACUCAGAGUGCUCCUCAUGCAGUGCUGUCUCUCCGAGUGAGUCGGUAGCAGUGGUCUCUAGAAACUGUAUGGAGAUUCUAACCAAACCCCUUUCCAAUGAGAAAGUUGUCCGACCAGCCCUCAUCUACAGUCUCUUUCCCAACGUGCCCCCUACCAUCUAUUUUGGCACUCCGGAUGAGAAAGUGGAGAAACUUCCCUGGGAGCAGAGGAAGCUGCUCCGGUGGAAGAUGAGCACAGUGACCCCCAACAUUGUCAAGCAGACCAUUGGACGGUCCCACUUCAAGAUCAGCAAGAGGAAUGACGACUGGCUGGGCUGCUGGGGUCACCACAUGAAGUCUCCUAGUUUCCGAUCCAUUCAGGAGCAUCAAAAGCUAAACCACUUCCCAGGUUCAUUCCAGAUUGGGCGAAAGGACCGACUGUGGCGGAACCUGUCCCGUAUGCAGAGCCGCUUUGGCAAGAAGGAGUUCAGUUUCUUCCCCCAGUCCUUCAUCCUGCCCCAGGACGCCAAGCUCCUGCGCAAAGCCUGGGAGAGCAGCAGCCGCCAAAAGUGGAUUGUUAAACCACCAGCAUCCGCUCGAGGCAUUGGCAUCCAGGUCAUUCACAAGUGGAGUCAGCUCCCCAAGCGAAGGCCCCUUCUGGUACAGAGGUAUCUCCACAAACCCUACCUCAUCAGCGGCAGCAAGUUCGAUCUGCGAAUCUAUGUUUACGUCACCUCCUACGAUCCUCUGCGGAUUUACCUCUUUUCAGAUGGACUCGUCCGCUUUGCUAGUUGCAAGUAUUCCCCUUCUAUGAAGAGCCUCGGCAACAAGUUCAUGCACCUGACCAACUACAGUGUCAAUAAAAAGAAUGCCGAGUACCAGGCCAAUGAAGAUGAAACAGCCUGCCAGGGCCACAAAUGGGCACUGAAGGCUUUAUGGAGCUACCUGAGCCAGAAGGGAGUCAACAGUGAUGCCAUCUGGGAGAAAAUAAAGGAUGUUGUUGUCAAAACCAUCAUCUCGUCAGAACCCUAUGUGACCAGCCUGCUGAAGAUGUAUGUGCGUCGGCCCUACAGCUGCCACGAGCUCUUUGGUUUUGACAUCAUGCUGGAUGAGAACCUAAAGCCUUGGGUCCUGGAAGUCAACAUCUCCCCAAGCCUUCACUCCAACUCUCCACUGGACGUCAGCAUCAAAGGCCAGAUGAUCCGUGACCUUCUGAACCUGGCGGGCUUUGUUCUGCCCAGUGCAGAGGAUGUCGCUUCCAGCUCUAGCAGCUCCAGCAGCUCCACCACCAGCCUGCCCAGCUCCCCCAGGGACAGAUGUCAAAUGGCCCCAGAGUACUUCACUGCACAGAAGAUGAAGAAAGCCUAUUACUUGACCCAGAAAAUUCCUGAUCAGGACUUCUAUGCAUCUGUGCUGGAUGUCCUGACGCCAGAUGAUGUUCGGGUUCUGGUCGAGAUGGAGGAUGAGUUUUCUCGCCGUGGUCAAUUUGAACGAAUUUUUCCUUCUCGAAUCUCUUCUCGCUAUCUCCGCUUUUUUGAGCAGCCACGAUAUUUCAACAUUCUCACCACCCAAUGGGAACAGAAGUAUCAUGGCAACAAGCUCAAAGGAGUAGAUCUGCUUCGGAGUUGGUGCUACAAAGGGUUCCACACAGGAGCCGUCUCUGAUUCUGCUCCAGUGUGGACUCUCCCAACAUCAAUUCUGACUGGCCCAAAGGGUGAUGUGACACUCAGUGAUUUCUCCAAAUCAGAGACUGGCAAGCUGGGAAAACGUGGCUCCCCUGAGGGAAGCAUAACACUCUCUGAAGAUGGGACCAUGCCCAAACCCAUGAAGACCCAAGCUGGCCUUUCCCCUUCCCCCAGGAAACCCAGUUCCUCAAAGGACAGUGAGGACACCAGCAAAGAGCCCAGCCUCUCCAGCCAGAUGCUACCUGUGAUCAAGUACUCUGGGCAGACUUCGAGACUUUCUGCUCCCCCCACCUCCCAGUCACCUGGUGACUCCCUCCUGGCUGCUGUGAGCCCGUGACUGGCCUCUCUCUAGCCCCCGCCCAGGCGCACCAGCGUCAGCUACCUCAUGGGAACCGGCCGGCUGGCCAGCCUGAGCCCCCACCCCUCCGCCUUGCCCCUCCUCGGAGUAUUUUUGGAAGUGGUUGAAUUGUAGAGAUGGGUAUCUGGCGGGCUGGAGGGGUGGUGGGGAGGGGAGAAGGUGCGGAAGGUCCACUGGCCGGCACCUUCUGUCUCAGCAGAGAAGCCAGUGAUGGCCACUCAGCCUCAUAAAGCAGCGUUUGGGUUCUA